AUGACGCUCAACAUCCCAGCCUUGGAUGUGGAGUUGGACACGCUGCUCCACGACAUUGUUGUGGCUCAAAAGUACGACCCAAAUUCAGACCUGGGCCAUUGGCUAAAUGUCAUUUUGCCCAAGAUCAUUGCCAGAUUGGACUUGAUAGCCGAAAUCGCAACAUCACAAGGUGAAACAUACAGUGUUCGGCCUGAAGGAGUAGAUCUCCAUGCUUGCAUAUCUGGAAACCACCGUCGGAUUGUAACCCAUUUACAACAGCAUUUCUCCACAAGUCCCCCUUUCACCAUAGUAAGAAUAGCUGAGAUCCUAGUAGACGCCACGAAAGAAGGCUACGAUCUUUUCAACAACGUGCAAAUUUUCAAGUACUUCAAUUCGCUCUUGAAAUUGGUCAAUGUUUCGUCGUCAGUUAACGAUUUCCCUGCAACUACGUUCAGUGGGGACAUAAAUGGAAAUGGCAAUGGCAAUGGAACCACACAUGAUGAUCAUGACCAUAUCGACAAACAAAUUGUAGAGCCCGUAAUCACGAGUCAAUCGCUCGGAAAUAUCCCCUUGGUCAAGAUACCGUGGCUCAGUGAAGCCAAGACGACAAGGAAGGACGAUACAACAGUUGAUCCUGAAAACACAACGGUGGAAGAAGUUAUUUCUGCCCUGCCGUUGGUAGAAAACAAUAGUCAAAAAAAUGGAACUACAGAAAUUGAUAAAAAGCAAGAGUCUAUUCCGGUAAGAAGGCGACGGGAACAAGAAAAUUACAAAGCACCUGAUGAAGGCUCAGAAUCAUCUGAAGAAAACCAGACCACAGUCAAGAAACCAAAGACUAACGGUUCUACAACCGAUACCAUGAGCACGGUAGUAAAUGGAGUCACAAAUCAUGUCACAGAUGGACUCACUGAAAAUGGAGCUGUGGAUAUAAACGAAGCUGUACAUGUAGAUGGAGACAUUAUUCUAGAUGUUAGAGUAAAUGAAAACUCUCAGGAAUACGAAAAUUCGCAGAACAUUGUCGUCGACGAAAUGGAGAUAUUGUCUGGUUCUGAAGCGCUCAGAAUCAUGCCUUCAGAACAAGAAACAAUUCCUCAAAAUAGCAUAUUAGAACAAAACGACGGUCUACAGACAAACGGCAGCGACAGCAUGAUCACAUCUGAGUAA